UGCCCCGCGCUGCUAUCAUGGCUGCUCCCAUGUACCUGUAUUCUCACAUGGGACGCUAGUCUUGCGGGUGUCUUCACGGUACCUGUGGCCACUAGACGCCGGCGACUCUGGUCCCUCCUCCUUUCGCUUCCUCCUGCCCCGUGGGACCCUCGCGGCACCCCGUUUUGGGUAUAGUGAUGCCGGGAGGGAUGUGGACGCCGGAGCUGGCGCUUCUGAGAGGCUUCUCCACGGAGGCGGAGCGGCUGUCCUGGAAGCAGGCGGGCAUCUGUGGCUCAGAUGUUGGCGUUUUCUUGGACUUGCUGUUAGAAGGGAGCUAUGAGGGCAUGUUCUUACAUUCAGUGACCCAAAAUAUUUUAAAUUCAACAACGGUGGCUGAAGAAAAGAUUGACAGCUACCUGGAGAAACAGAUAGUAAAUUUCUUGGAUUGCUCGACGGAUUUGGAAGAAAUUGAAAGACAGCAGCUGGUAUUCCUACUUGGUGUGAGCAGCCUGCAGCUUUUUGUUCAGAGUAACUGGACUGGGCCUCUUGUGGACUUGCACACUCAGGAUUUCUUACCACCUGUUCUGUUUGAACAGUUUAGUGAGGUCAAAGGACUGGAUGCUGUUAUUCUGGGCCUGCUCAUUCUAGAUGGUGAAUCUGUCUACAGCCUGACCUCAAAGCCCAUACUGCUGUUAAUAGCACACAUCAUCCUAGUGAACGUCAGACAUAAGUUAACAGCUCUCCAGAGCUUGCCAUGGUGGACUCUGAGAUAUGUGAAUAUUCACCAACAGUUGCUUGAGGAGCGUUCGCCUCAGCUUUUCGCUCUUGCUGAAAACUGUAUUGAUCAAGUGAUGAAACUAGAGAAUUUAUUUGAAGGUAAUUCAGGUCGACUUUUAGCUAUUCAGUUCCAUCUGGAAAGUGCAUAUGUAUUUUUAUAUUAUUAUGAAUAUAAAGAAGCAAAAGACCGAUUCAGUACUGCUAAAGACAUGAGCAAGUUACAGGUUAAUCUGACAGGAGCAUUGGGAAAAAGGACACGAUUCCAGGAAAAUUAUGUGGCACAGCUGAUUUUAGACGUCAGGAGAGAAGAGGACGCCCCUUCUAGUCAUGAGUUCAGCCCAACACCCACCCCCCAGGAAUACCUUACCAAGUUCAAAAAGAAGCAAGCCUCCCAUGGAUAUCAACAAAGCGUGGCAUAUCAAAUUUUGAAUCUUGAGCUCAACGAUGAUACUGUUCUGAAUGAAAUAAAGUUAGCAGACAGUGAGCAGUUUCAGAUGCCUGACCUGUGUGCUGAAGAGCUUGCUGUCAUCCUUGGAGUCUGCACAAAUUUCCAGAAGAACAACCCAGUUCACAAGCUCACAGAGGAGGAGCUACUGGCCUUCACAUCCUGUUUACUGUCACAGCCAAAGUUCUGGGCCAUUCAGACAUCAGCCUUGAUCCUCCGGACAAAGCUCGAGAGGGGAAGCACACGGCGAGUGGAACGGGCAAUGAGGCAGACACAGGCUCUUGCAGACCAAUUUGAAGACAAAACUACAUCUGUACUGGAACGUCUGAAGAUUUUCUAUUGCUGUCAGGUACCCCCUCACUGGGCUAUUCAGCGCCAGCUUGCAGGUUUGCUCUUUGAGUUGGGAUGUACCACUUCAGCCCUUCAGAUAUUUGAGAAGCUGGAGAUGUGGGAAGACGUGGUCAUCUGUUAUGAAAGGACUGGGCAGCAUGGGAAGGCAGAAGAAAUCCUUAGGCGAGAACUGGAGAAAAAGGAAACACCGAGUUUAUACUGCUUGCUUGGAGAUGUCCUGCAAGACCACUCCUGCUACGACAAGGCCUGGGAGCUGUCACGACACCGAAGUGCUCGUGCCCAGCGCUCCAAAGCCCUCCUCCACCUUCGGAACAAGGAGUUUCGGGAGUGUGUGGAGUGCUUUGAACGCUCAGUGAAGAUCAACCCCAUGCAGCUUGGGGUCUGGUUUUCUCUAGGCUGUGCAUACUUGGCCUUGGAAGAUUACAUGGGCUCAGCGAAGGCGUUUCAGCGGUGCGUGACCCUAGAGCCUGAUAAUGCUGAGGCUUGGAACAAUUUAUCCACUUCUUAUAUUCGAUUAAAACAAAAAGUCAAAGCUUUUAGAACUUUACAAGAAGCUCUCAAAUGUAACUAUGAACACUGGCAAAUCUGGGAAAACUAUAUUCUCACUAGCACAGACGUUGGGGAGUUUGCAGAAGCCAUUAAAGCUUACCACCGGCUCCUGGACCUACGAGACAAAUACAAAGAUGUUCAGGUCCUUAAAAUUCUGGUCAGGGCAGUGGUUAAUGGUCUGGCUGAUCGAAGUGGAGAUGUUGCCUCCAGCCUCAAAGGCAAGCUGCAGGAGUUGUUUGGCAGAGUGACCUCAAGAGUGACCACUGAUGGAGAAAUCUGGAGACUGUAUGCCCAGGUUCAUGGAAACGGGCAGAGCGGCAAGCCUGAAGAGAACGAGAAGGCAUUCCAGUGUCUCUUGAAGGCAUACAAGUGUGAUACACAGACCAAUUGUUGGGAGAAAGAUGUUACAGCGUUUAAGGAAGUUGUUCAGAGAGCCAUAGGACUCGCACAUGUGGCUAUAAAGUGCAGUGAGAGCAAGUCCAGCCCCCAGGAAGCUGUGCAGGCCCUGUCUUCAGUUCGGCUCAGCUUACGGGGUUUGUUAUCCAAAGCGAAGCAAAAUUUUACAGAUGUGGCAAGUGGAGAAGUCUCUGGAGAGCUCGCCAACGAAAUGGCAGCUCUGAAUGCUCUGGAGGCUGAACUGCAGGACCUCAGCAACCAACUCCGGAACCGGUACUGACUGUGCCAGGGACAGCUGUGCAAAGGCACCUUUGCCUUCUCUGAUUCCUCAGUACCUGAGUAUCUGAAACACAAGAUGCUGACUUUUAAAAUAAAUUUGUUUGCUGGCAAACAGGCUUAUUUUGUGAUGCUCUCAGAUCUCUGCAGUUCUGA